AUGGCUCCCUCUGCUCUGGGGGUCUCUCUGCUCCUGCUGUUCUUUACUUCUGAGCUGCAAUGCAAAGCUUAUCAUAAAACAGCCAGCAAACCAGCAAACUUGACUAAGCCUGCUCUCCGCCUGCUCUCUGACUAUUUAUUUUCCAACUACAAAAAGGAUGUCCGUCCUGUUCGGAACUGGAGGAAGACCACCAAUGUGGCUAUCGAUGUCAUGGUCUAUGCCAUCCUGAGUGUGGAUGAGAAAAACCAAGUCCUGACAACUUAUAUCUGGUACAGACAGCACUGGAUUGAUGAGUUUCUGCAGUGGAAUCCAAAGGAGUUUGACAACAUCACCCAGAUGUCUGUCCCUACUGAGGCCAUCUGGGUCCCAGACAUUCUUAUCAAUGAAUUUGUGGAUGUGGGGAAAUCCCCCGAUAUUCCUUAUGUUUACAUCCUCCAUCAUGGGGAAGUGCGGAACCUCAAGCCCGUCCAGGUGGUCACUGCCUGCAGCCUGGACAUCUAUAACUUCCCCUUUGAUGUACAGAACUGCUCAUUGACCUUCACCAGCUGGCUGCAUAACAUCCGGGACAUUAACAUCUCCCUGUGGCGGACCCCAGAGGAAGUGAAACAUGACAAGAGUGUCUUCAUGAACCAAGGGGAAUGGGAGCUUCUGCACGUUCUCAGCCAGUUCCGAGAGUUCAGUGUUGGUGACAGCGACUACUAUGCUGAGAUGAAGUUCUUUGUGGUCAUCCGAAGACGCCCCCUCUUUUACGCCGUCAGCCUACUGCUCCCCAGCAUCUUCCUGAUGGUCAUGGACAUUGUGGGCUUCUACCUGCCCCCUGACAGUGGAGAGAGGGUCUCCUUCAAGAUCACCCUGCUCUUGGGCUACUCUGUUUUCCUGAUCAUUGUCUCUGAUACACUGCCAGCCACGGCGAUUGGGACCCCGCUGAUAGGGGUCUAUUUUGUGGUGUGCAUGGCGUUGCUGGUCAUUAGCUUGACCGAGACCAUCCUCAUAGUGCGACUUGUGCAUAAGCAAGAUCUACAGCCUCAUGUACCUGACUGGGUGAAGCGCUGGGUGCUGGAACGGGCCACCAUCCUGCUCUGCAUCCGAGACAGGAACACGUUCUGUCCGGUCCACACUCAGAGCUCUGACAUCUCCGGGAACAUGGAAAACAACGACAGUACAGCCAAACUGAACCACUACAGCUGUGAAAGCACCCACGACUUUGAAGGAGGAGCAAGUGGUCCUGUGACCCAGCCACAAGGGGAGAGCUCGCUGGUGGUUGAAAAUAUCCUGCAAGAGAUUGCAGCUAUCCGCCAGUUUCUGGAGAAGCGGGAUGAAUUCCGUGACAUUGCCCGUGAAUGGCUGCAGGUGGGCUAUGUCCUGGAUGUUCUUCUUUUCCGGGCAUAUCUAGUAGCUGUGCUGGCCUAUAGCAUCACAUUGGGCACUCUGUGGUCCAUCUGGCAAUACGCCUGA